AACCAGCAAAGUUGGUCCCCUAAAUAGUUCAACCAAAUCUAUUCACGCAUUGUGUCGCACCCAAAAUUCGUUCGUCAUGCCUCCAAAAGUAAGUGGAAAAGCUGCGAAGAAAGCGGGGAAAGCUCAGAAAAAUAUCACAAAGGGCGAUAAAAAGAAGAAACGCAAGAGGAAGGAGAGCUACGCCAUUUACAUCUACAAAGUCUUGAAGCAGGUCCACCCAGACACCGGCAUUUCCUCUAAAGCCAUGACCAUCAUGAACAGCUUCGUCAACGACAUUUUCGAGCGCAUCGCUGGAGAAUCGUCCCGUCUUGCCCACUACAACAAGCGUUCGACCAUCACUAGCCGGGAAAUCCAGACGGCCGUCCGUCUGCUUUUGCCCGGUGAGUUGGCCAAGCACGCCGUGUCUGAAGGCACCAAGGCAGUCACCAAGUACACCAGCACCAAGUAGAAAGAUCAUCAAUUCGUCGUUAAACAAACUCGUCUCUUUCAGUUCCGUCAUAACGGCCCUUAUGAGGGCCACCAAAGCUAUUGAAAAGAGCAAACGCAGCAACUAGCGUCCUUUGUCUUCCCAAUCUGUCGAAUGAACUGUAUAAGCUUUGUAUCAAUGUUGUAACAUAUUAUCUGAAGCGUCGCUGUUGUGUACCAGAAUAUUUUUAAAAAUAUACGUAGCUACAAUGAU